UAGAAUGUAACUUUGUAUAAAAAAGUACAUUAAAAUAGAUGAUAUAUGGCUAUAUAAAAACCAUUUAUACUUCUAUAAGUUUAAAUUAUGGCUGUUUCAUUGGUGCAAAAAAGUAAUUGGACUAAUAUUACAGAUACUUAUAGUUCUGCUGAUAAUUGUAUAAAAUCGAAAUCAGAUCUUUUUUGUAAUAAGCAUGAUGAAUCGAAAGUUACUUUGUUGAUACAUGUUAUUGAUGGUUGGAUAAUUGAAGAAAGCAAUCAACCAUUUAAGGAUUCAAAUAUUGAUGAAAAUAUAAAUGGGGGUGUUAAGUCAUUAGCAGAGAAUGGUAAAUGUAGUGAUGAUUUUGUAGAAGUUCAGGAAAAAGAAAUUAACACUGUUCAACCUAAUCUUGAGGAUAAAGAUGAGCUUAUGUCACUCUUACCAACAAAAUGCAAAUAUUGUGGAGCUGAGCUACCAGAGAGACGGGCUAUGUGGGGAAAACGUUUUUGUAGUGUAUCAUGUGGUAAAAGGUACAGUGUAAAGUGUUCAAAAAAAGCUAGGAAAGCUCUUCAAAGUAUGUCUACUUUAAAGAAUGAUAAAAAGGUAAACUAUAAGGAAAGUAAAUCCGAAAGAACUAGGAAAUCUGAGAAUUUGAAUCUUUCAAGUAGAGAAGCUUCACCGGAUAGCACAAAGAAAAAUUUGUUAAAAUACCAAGAUUCUGAAUCCACAUUAUGCUUUCCUCCACGAGAUCCUUUGGGUUUUGGUCUUGAUGUUUUUGAUUUUGAAGAUGAACUUUAUGAUGGCAUUGAGCCUAUCCAAAAUUACUCAUUUUUACCAUUAGUAACAUGGUCUGUUAACCAAGUUUCGGACUAUAUAAGCACGAUUCCCGGAUGCGCUCAAUACGUGCCAGUUUUUGAAGCUGAAGAGAUUGACGGUCAGGCAUUAUUGUUAUUAAAGGUAGAGCAUAUGGUUCACGGUAUGAAUAUCAAGGUUGGACCUGCUAUUAAAAUUGCUGCCACUAUACGUUCAAUCAAGUUAAAGUAUGGAAUUAAAACUAGAUCGAAGUAUUUAAGUUCACCAUAGUUUUAAGAUCGCCAUAGCUUUGCGCAAGCUCUAAUGCUUCAGUUUUAAUCAACAACGGUGUCUUUCGUGAUAUAUAGGAGGAACAAGAUUCAAAUAUCUUUGUUUUGAUUGAAAACUUCUUGGCUGCUAUUGGAUUGCUCAUAGAAUAUUGAUUUUAAUGGAAGUUUAGAUAUUAAAUUUCAUAAAGUUCGAAAAUACAUGUAGUGAAUAGACAACAGAAAGUGCAACAGAGUAUGUUAAAAUGCGUAAUGCACUGGUGAAUAUUUUUCGAGUUUAUUAUUCAUUGUUGCAAAUAAGAGGUUCACUAAAUUUGACUUGCUACUGAAUUUAUGGUUAAAGUCUAAAAACUGCUACAAGAGCAUUUUUUUUUACUUGCAACCAAAUUGAGCGAUGUUGACCAGUUAACCAUUAAGAUUCUUUUAAUCCACUGACAUUUUGAACUACAAAUGUAAUUUCUUAUUUUGUAGUUUGAGUUAGUAUUAACUAGCCUUAGUGAAAAAAUCCUGAAAGAUAUUACAUAAAAAUCUUUAAGGACUGUUUUAUAUGAUAUUAGAACAAGUUAUGUUUAGGAUAAAUGCAAUAGGACGUGGCAUAUAUGGUUAACUAUACGUUGAUUCCUAGAGGAGUUUUAUACAAUCUUGCUCAAAAGUAUUAUAGUCUAAUGUAAUUUUAUAUUGAAAUUUUAACAAAUAUUUAAAAUGUACAGUUAGCAAUUAAAUGUAAUAAGUAUUUAUAUAUAUGAAUGUUAUAAAAAAAUUAAAA